AACGAUAGAGGACAAGUUCAAGAAAAGGAAGAGGAGGAGGAAGAAGAAAAGGACUCUAUGUGAAACUGAUGAGAUGGUGUCAGUUCAGGGGCCAGAGGUCCAGCUGGCUCAGAGAUUAGCUACCAACAAGCAGUCUGUCAGGACCAGAGCAAUAAAGAAACUUUGGAAGUACAUCUGUGUGAAUUCAGAAGCAGAAGCAGGUGAAUUCACAUUUGAUGAACUGCUGAGGUUGUGGAGAGGUCUUUUCUACUGCUCGUGGAAGCAGGACAAACCACAGCUCCAGGAGAAAUGGUUAAACCAGAUCUCCACUCUGAUCCACAGCUUCCAUGGAAUCGUUAGACAGCUGCUCUACCUGAAAAGCUUCCUGCACACUUUCAAGAGAGAGUGGACUGACAUUGACAGGCUGCAAAUGGACAAAUUCUUCCAGCUGGUUUGCUUCAUGUUCAGACACACAUUUGUGAUGCCGGAGAGGAAAGACUGGGAGAACAGUGCUGUCAGCAGGUUUCUGGGGCUGCUGAGUUUCCAUCUCCUGCAGAGCAGCGCUGAGGCACCCAUCGGGUUGCAGCUACACAUCCUCAACGUUUACAUGACCGAACUGGAAGCUGUGGGUUCCGCACAGCUCACUGCAGAUCAGAACCUCAUGUUCAUCAAGCCGUUCUGCAGAACAGGAGCCAAGACAAAGAAUCAGACUCUUUUCAGAUCCAUAUGUACCAGCAUCGUCAGCACCAUCAUAGACCAGAAUCCCUUUGCCAUCAAAGAUUUGGUGGAGGAGUUGGAUGCAGCCGAAGACAUGAACUCAAAUUCCGGUUGGGCAUCUAAGGAGAAUGACAAACUGGACGACAAAAGCAGAGGUUGCAGCCAUUGUUGUCACAAGGAGUAA